AUGCAAAAGCGCGAUAGUGGAGCCGGCCGCGGCGGCGGCGGCAGGCAAGCCUGUGGCAGCCUCUGUCCCAACAGGGUGCAAGAUUUGGCUGGCAGGUUGGGCAAAAAGCCGUGCAAAGUAGAGAGAAAGGUGCCACGGAAGAUCCUGCAUCCCAGAAGCUGCCCCAUAAUUAUUCAUAACGACCCAUCUCCGGACUCAGUAGAGGCGGCCUUUGCUACCAUCGAUUGGCAAGAUUUAGCGGAUUGCACCUCAGUCUUUCAGCGGGAAGCUUCUACAGACGCGGCUCUUCAUCAGAGCCCUUCCUUGCAACCCGAAGAUGACUUUGAUUUCCAGGAGUUUCGAGAUGCCGUGGAUAAUUUCUUAUCUGAUACUUCCCCUCUGAUGGCUCCUCUGCUGGAUUUUUCUUUCCCUGUGGAUAAUGGAAACCUCCCCAGUCCCUGCCUCCAAAAACCUGCACAAAUUGAUCCGGUCUCACAUCUGAGCCUAGAGAGUGUCUUGCCCACUGAACAGUACUGGAAAGAACUAGCAGAUCAUAAUCAAAAAGCGCUGGGGGAUGCACUUGUAGAAAAUAAUCAGCUUCAAGAGACAUUGACACAAAAGCAAGAAGAAAUUGCUUCUCUGAAGGAAAGAAAUAUCCAGUUGAAAGAGCUAGCCAGCCAAGCCAAACAGCUCGCUUCUGUGCUAGAUAAAAUGAUGCUCCCUCAGAGCAAAGACAGCACUGAUCUUUCCCUCAGCUGUGGCCCUGGCAAGAGAAGCCUUGAGCAGAUGUCAGUUCCUGAGCAUGAAGAGGACAUGGAAGUGAAUGAAAUCUUAAGGGAAAUAUCAGAAAAAUGCAAUGCAGCCCUGCAGUCCAUUGAUGACGACAGAGGCCCGAAGCGUCCUCGUGGAGAGAACGAAGCCAUUCACAUGUAUGGAGCUUUCCAUGGAUUGCAGACAUGCAGCAGUCAGAGUUCCCUGGACUUAAGUGGUAGUGAAUUUGAGGAAGGGGUGUCCUUCAAGACGUCCAUCAAAGAGCACUGUAACAUUAGGACACUGGCCUUUCCACAAGGCAAUGCUUUUACUGUUAGAACAGCCACUGGGGGCUACAAGUUUAGAUGGGUCCCCAGCUGAUUGAAGAAGGAAGCAAUCAGCUAACUACACUUGCCAAAAUCCCACUCAUCCUCACAUAUAAAGUGCUGUGAUGUGUUAUAGACGGCUAACAGAAGUAAAUAAAAGUUCCUAAUAUUUAAGCUAAGGAUCUUCUUCAUUGGAAAAAACCAAACCUGUUAGGGUUGUCCAUGCAGGAGGAGCAAAAAAGUGUGUGACUGAAACUCUA